AUAAAUCAAAUGGGUUGUUGAGAUGAGGAGGAUUGACACUUGAGGGUGAUGCAAAACAAACCCAUUAUCGAUCGCGCGCUUGCCCUUUCCACCCAUGCUGCAUCAUAACCAACCAUCCAUGCCAUCAUUUACACAGCGCGGCCUAGCGAGAAGGGAAGUGACGCGAAAGGUCGCGACUCAUCCGUAAUUUUCGAGAAAGUUCACGCCUUGCGGGCUGUUCUCAGUGCCGUCUAUGCUGGCCUCAAAUAUAAAAGACCAGCGAAUGUUGGGGACUCUCUUCACUUCAAUCAACAGUUGAAACACUGCAAACUCUCAAGUUCACAGUAGCAACUUUGCAAGCUUUUCGUUUUCCCAAACAAUAUCGACUUUCUAAAUCCCGCAACGAUGAGCUACUUUUUCUUGGACACCGACCCGUUCUUUAACGACCCUUUCUUCCGCGACCCGGUGGCAUCUGUAUUUGAUAGCUACGUUCGCUCUCGUCUCCCGCCCGUCCUUGCACUCGGCGAUGCCCAAUCUUCGAAUCAGAACCAGGAGGGGAACCGUCAGGUGGCAACAACCGAGCAGAACAACAAACAAGUUUCCACCGCGCCACGCCGCGGACUAGACGCCUUCUUCAGAGGCCCUCGUCUGGAUGUCACGGAAACGGACAAGGAAUACAUUAUUAAAGCUGACGUGCCCGGCCUCGCCAAAUCCGAUGUGCAGAUCCAUGUUACCGACGACACUUUGACAUUGGAGGGCGAGCGCAAACAAGAACACGAGGAGAAGACCGAUCGCAAACAUGUGGUCGAAAGGUCCUACGGCAAGUUCUCUCGCAGCAUUCGCCUGCCUCCUGACGCUCAGGCCGAGAACGCCAAGGCUUCACUUGAAAACGGUGUCCUGCAGAUCUCUCUUGCCAAGAAGCAGCAGCAGAAGGAGGAGAAGAAGAAGAUUGAAGUUCAGUAAAGAGGGCAUGGAGGUGCUUUUUAGGGACAGUUCUUUCAUAGUUCAUUUGUAACAUUAGUUGGCAGUGCUCAAAUGUAUAUUUUUGUUUUAUGACGUGAGAUUGCACAAUAUAUUCGAUAUCCAGA